UGCGCCAGCGUGUGGCUGCAUAUUUUAAGCUCGCACUUUUUUUCAACAUUUCCUUUUCUUGUGUGGCUAUUCCAUUUUAUCUAAAGCCACAUUACAUUUGUAAGGACUUUACGAUUCUAAACAUGCUUGUUUAUUCGAGAAAUGCUCUUAUUUCACUACGGAAUUGGUAUAAAACUCCCAAGAUCUCAACUCAAUCGCACGGAUCAGUGGUUCGUCCAGUAUCGAAUGAAGUAUGGCAAAAGCUAGCUUUUUACAACCUACUUGCUCCAACAAGAGGACAACGUGGUGGCAGUCACUUGAAAGACCAUAGACCUAUAAAGACAGUGCAACUUUCUGAUAGAACGAGGAAGUAUUCUCUCCAAAAUGUGCCAAACCGCUCAAACUUAUUGUUAGUCAAAACCGACGGAUUCAAAAGCGUGACGACAAAAACAAUCGAGCGACGAAAAUCUAAUCCUGGCUCGCAACUUAGUGUUGCACAUCUUAAUGUUCGAUCAUUAAAAAACAGAAGCCAUAUUGUACAAAUACGAGAGCUAAUGAGAGAGAAGGAUUAUGACGUCUUGGCUGUGUCUGAGUCUUGGCUCAACUCAACAGUAACAAACGCUGAAAUUGAAAUCGAAGGUUAUAAACUAACGAGGCUCGACAGGCUGAACAAGACUGGAGGAGGAGUUUGCGUGUUUACUAAAGCGCCACUGAAAGUUAAGUGUCUCAAGGAUAUAUCUGGGAUCUCUGAGCAAGGUUUUCACCAGUUGUGGAUACAGAUACAACUUAAUCGCCUUAAAUCACUCGUGUUUUGCGUGACUUAUAGGCCUGACUAUUGUCCCGUGUCAUGUUUCAUCGAUGAUUUUAUGGAUAACUAUUCACAAGCGCUCAUUCUUGGCAAGCCAUUGUUGAUUACUGGUGACCUAAAUUGUAAUUUGUUGGAGCCAGACUGUCCCGAAGCAGUUGCUCUCCUUGAUUUCUGCAAAAGUGCAAAGUUAACUCAGCUUAUUAAAGAACCGACUCGCGUGACUGAAACUUCAUCAACUCUAUUGGACGUCAUUAUAACACCAAUUAACACCAACCUAGUGGAGAACUCUGGAGUACUGCAAUGUCACAUCAGUGAUCACUAUUUAGUACAUGCUACACUGAAAUUAAAGAUUCCUAAACUUCCACCAAGAGUUGUAAAAUUGCGAUCUUUCAAACAUUAUGAUGUUCAACAGUUUAAUGCAGACCUAGAGCAAAUCCCUUGGGAURAAGUUGCCUCAGUCGAUGAUGCCAGCAGUAUGCUAGAUCACUUCAACAACAAGUUAUCAAUGUUUUGGAUGCGCAUGCUCCUGUUAAUCAAACAUCGCUGCUGCCCUUUUGUCAAUAUCGAAAUACAAGAUCUGAUGCGCAACAGGAGUAUUUUGCUGGAGCGAGCCCGUCAAUUUCGUCUGCCUGCGGAUUGGGAAGAAUAUCGCUCAUCGCGGGAGAGAGUUAAGUCCGAGCUCAGAAAUGUGGAGAAAGAAUUUGUCAAGAAAAAGCUUGAAAAAAGCAAAAGCACCAGCUCCAAAUGGAAAGUUAUCCAAAUGGAAAGUUAUCCGAAAUUGUAUUCCACGCAGAGAAUCUUCUCAGCCAGUGUACACAAAAUAUCUAAAGGAUAUUGCCAAUGA